AUCGCUUUUGUCAGAUUCCAGGCUGAGCUCCUUGCCGGCUUUGCCCGUUUCCUUAGAGUCACUCUCGAUCAAAAAUAACCGGCCGCUAACGGAACUCCACCCGGGAGACUUCACAACACUUCCCCGAUCAGAGGCAGGAGAUCACCUGCCACUCCCUAACCUGACCAGCUUGCGAUUGUCGAGUUCCAGGCUCCAGAAGAUUCACCCGUUUGCUUUCGCGACAUUGCCGGCUCUGAAAUCUCUUUAUCUGAACGGGAAUAAUUUUCAAAGCAUUUCGUCAAUCGAUCCAGAUGCAUUCGGCAACCUGACGACUCUGCUAAGUCUUCACCUUAACGGAGUAACGACCUUGUCACCCCGUGUAUUUCGGCAUCUCCCUUGCCUCCAAGAGGUAUCCUUGGGAGAAAAGUUGACCUGCGAUUGUGACUUGCUCGAUCUCGUGAAAUGGAUCAAGAAAACCGCCGUGAAAGUCAAUCCAAGUCCGCCAACCUGCUUGAGUGGACCUUCUAGAAAAAACCUUUACGAAGAGGACUUAUUCGGGACGUGCCCAACGACAACUGUUUCCCCGACAACAGAACCCACGCUGCAGAUUUGCCCAACACUAUCUCCAUCACUUUCGAUGAAAACACCUUCACAAAGCCCUCCUGUGACAACUCCAGCCUGGACAACUCCAAACUCCUCAAAACCACAGGCACCAGCCGUGGGCUUGCCAGAAUCAGCAGUCGUGGGCUUGGCGGUCGGAGUGCCCCUGUUCCUGAUCAUCCUCGCGAUGGCGGCCGGCCUCUGUUUCCUGAGGAGGAAAGGACGCCCUUCUGCCGAACACGUGGGUGUGCGCGCGUCGGGACAGACUCAGCAAGAGGUAUUUUAA